AUGGCAACCGACAACGCAAGCAGAUCACAGCCGGAUAAAAACUCUACUAACACAACAGAUUAUUGGAUGAACAGUGUAAAUAUUACACUAUCUAUUCCUCCAGAUUUAACUCUUGAAAAGGGGAAACUCAAAUGGCUUAAUAACUUUGAGGAUCUAAAACUAUUUGUCAAAACAACUCUACAAAUAGAGGGAACUUGGUCAUCGCCGGGUGGUUAUCUCAAGGCAUUUAGCGAAGAUCCUGAAAGUGUUCUUAUUAGGUAUUAUACCGACACGAAAUCGUUGCUGUUUCAAGGCGAUCGAGGUAAGAAAAUCAAGAACUUUUUAAUCGGAAAGAUUGCGAGUAUUUCGCAACCCGGCGGAGAUAAACAUUCUUCAAGGUCAAGCGAGCAAAAUAGUACAAGUAUACACGAUGAUAGCAUCGUAUUAGUUAACAGUCCAAGUCAGACGCUUAGUGAACGUCACGAUGAGGAUGAAUAUGCUCUAAAUUUAAGUGAGUUUGAAUCUGUGAACACCAUAUCGGUAGAUAAUUCUAGUCAGACAUAUGAAAUAGAGUCGACUGAAUAUCAUUCAACUCGGGUUAGUCGAGAAUGCAAUUGCGCAUGCAGUCAAUCCUCUAAAGAUAUUGAAAUUUUGAAAUCUACAAUUACUAAGCUACAAUCGUCAAUUGACUCAUUCGAGAUUAUAUUGAAGGAUCAUGACUCAGUCCUUUCCAUGUACAAUAGGGCUGCAGAUAUGAAUGACAAAUACUUAAAAGAGAUAAAUGAGAGUAAACAGCAUAUAGUAUAUCUCGAACAGAAAUUGCUUGAGACAAGUCAAGAAAGAGAUUCUCUACAAUUAGCUACUAGGCUUAUUGCCCAGGACAAAUACUGUCAUCAUCAUACAAGUCAGAAUGAGGUAGCUGAAACCGCUGCUAGAAAAAACGAUAAUGUUUGGCAGAAAGUGCAUAAUACUAAUAACAAUGGUGUGUUUCAUAACAAGCAAACUAAGCAAUUAACAAGAACUGACAUUGGCAGAUAUAUUUGAAUUAUUAAUUAACGAGGAUGGAAACAAUAGCUGUUGUGAACCGGAACAGGAACACAAUCACAAGAGCUCACAAGCAAGAAAUACACAAUCGACUCACGACCCCAGCGAUCAUUCCCAACUAGACAGUAAUGAUGAUCAAUCCGCUCAACACGUCAGGUCUCCACAACAAACAUCCACCUCUAGUUCUCUUUCCAAACAAACCCCAAAUAGGGGUCUGAAUGGAAAGCAAGGUGGUAAACGGCAUAAUGGCGAUCGUAAGAAUCAAAAGUCUGGACACUCAUCUCGCAAAGUAACUAUUGUCGGAGAUUCAAUGUUGAAGAACCUGAAGGGUUACAGGAUGUCUAAAGAAAACAAAGUCAAAAUAUCUACAUUUCCUGGUAGUGCCACUAGAGAUAUGUACGACUACAUUAAACCUGUUCUGAGAAAGAAACCCGACCAAGUAAUUAUACACGUAGGUACAAACAGUCUACGAGAAUCUGAAAGCCCCACAUCCUGUGCAGAGGAAAUUGUUGAAUUAGCUAAAUCGGUGGAACAGACAGAUGGAAAGGAAACGGAGGUAAUUAUAUCAAGUUUAAUAUUCAGAUCAGAUGAUAGUAGACUUGGGAAACAAAUUGAUGAAGUGAACUUAGCGUUAAGUAAGUUAUGUCGACAACACAAUUGGACACUAAUAGACCACUCAAAUAUUACACAAAAACAUUUAAAUCGAAGUGGUCUGCAUUUGAAUAGAGACGGAACUACUCAAUUAGCUCGUAAUUUUUUAAAUAUCAUAAAUCAUAAUAAUUGAAAUAUUGCCGGAUGGGAAUCCCUAAUCUCUGUGCUGCCAGAUGAUAAUAAUGAUAAAACUGAAGAUACACCUUUAACUAUCGGUCAUAACGUCUAUGGACGUGGCUUAGUGAUGGCCUCGUUAAAUAUAAAUAGCCUUUUAGCUCACAUUGACGAACUUAGGGUGUAUAUGAAUAAUGGUAAAACAGAUGUGCUUGCAAUUAACGAAACUAAAUUAGAUUCAACGAUUGAGAAUAGUGAAAUCCAUAUCCCUGGAUAUGAGAUAAUUAGGAAAGAUCGAAAAAUUAAUGGUCGAAACGGUGGAGGUGUCUGUAUUUUUGUGCGAUCCAAUAUUAAUUAUAUAACGCGAGAUGACUUGAAUUUCGAAAAUUUAGAAUGUCUUAUAAUAGAAAUUACCAAACCACGGUCAAAAUCGUUGAUUCUUGGCACAUGGUAUAGACCACCAAACUCUCCAAUUAGUUAUCUAGAUGAUUUUGAAAAUAUUAUUGGAAAGCUGGACUCAGAAAAUCAAGAGAUGUGUAUAUUAGGUGACAUUAACAUAGAUCUUAUGCAUGAACCGAUCUCGGCCAAUGCUGUAAAACUGAAUUCCAUACUAGAUAUUUAUGGUAUGGAUCAGCUAAUAAACGAACCUACAAGAAUUACUAAUUGUUCUCAAACCUUGAUUGAUCUAUGUUUCACAAAUGCACCAUCAAAAAUAAUAAAUCAUUCACUUGUGUUUAUGACUUAUAAAACUAAUAUAGAACGUACCGGGACGCCCACAAUAAAAACUCGUUGUUUAAAGAAUUUCAAUAGAGAUAAUUUUCUUAGAGACUUGGAACAAAAGCGGUGGUGUGAUGUUAACACAAAUACUGAUCCUAAUGAUAUGUGGGACACGUGGAAAAGUUUAUUAAUGGAGUGCAUUGACAAGCACGCACCAUCUCGCUCCAAAAGAGCAGGCAAAAAAAAAUCGCCGUGGAUAACAAGCCAAUUGUUACGACAUAUGCAUAAACGAGAUUAUCUGAAGCGGAAAGCAACAUUGGCCGAUGAUCAAACUUUAUGGAAAGAAUAUAGGGUUGCUCGAAAUCGUACCAAUAACGAAAUUAGAAAAGCAAAGCAAGAGUAUUUUAUAACGAAUUUGGAAACUGCUAAAACAAAUCCAAGAAAAACAUGGAAAUUAAUUAACGAACUAAGCUCGCGUAAUUGUAAUAAGUCAAGUAACAUUAACGAGAUUAAAGUAGACGGAAAAACAAUAAAUACACCUGCAAAUAUAGCUGAAGCUUUUAACAAUCACUUCUCAAAUAUUGGUGAGAAUCUAGCCUCCAAAGAUACCCAUUUCUAACGUCAACCCUGAAGACUAUUUAGAAUCAACUGAGCAGAGAUUUUCCAUUAGACCUCCUACGGUUGAUAUGGUUUAUAUUCUGUUGAGUAAAAUUAACGAACGAAAAAGCUCCAGGUCUCGACAACAUUCCUAAUAAGCUGUUAAAAAUAGCAGCUGCAAUAAUCUCACCAUCAUUAACUGAUAUAUUUGCCAGAUCAAUUAACACUGGCAUAUUUUCAUCCGAGUGGAAAAUGGCUAGAGUAACACCAAUAUUUAAGAAAGGAAAAAGGAAUGAUCCGAAUAACUAUCGACCAAUAUCAGUUAUUUCAGCUGUAGCCAAAAUCUUCGAAAAAUUAAUCUUUGAGCAACUUUAUAAUUACUUCAGUUCUAACAGCUUGUUAACGCAUUUCCAGUCCGGUUUCAGGUCGUUACAUAGUACACUUACUUCUCUUCUUGAAGCCACUAGUAACUGGUCAGUUAAUAUUGACAAUGGCCUCUUCAAUGGAGUAAUAUUUAUCGACCUUAAAAAAGCAUUCGAUACUAUUGAUCAUCAGAUAUUGCUGCGGAAGCUUUGAAUUUACGGUAUGGAUCAAUUAAGUCUCGAAUGGUUUCAGUCUUAUUUGACCGGUCGAUCUCAGAAAUGUAAUGUUAGAGGUUGCUUGUCAUCAUCUGCAUCAGUUACACGUGGUGUACCACAGGGAAGUAACUUAGGACCAUUGCUCUUCCUUGUGUAUAUUAACGACCUUCCUAAUUGUCUCAGUGCAGCAGUACCGAGAAUGUUUGCUGAUGAUACGAACAUUAGUUAUGCGGCCAACACUAUCGCCGAACUAGAAAAUGUUAUUAAUUCGGAAUUAAAAAAAUUGAAAAGCUGGUUGGAAGCGAACAAAUUAAGCCUUAAUAUCGCCAAGACAGAAUUUAUGAUAAUAGGAUCUCGACAACGUAUGCAUGCGCACACUAACGAAAAUAUCAAUAUUGACCUGGAUGGUCAUGUGGUUAAACAAGUUGAUGAGGCAAAAUCACUAGGUGUACUUAUUGAUAAAAAUCUGUCUUGGUCUAAACACAUUGAUAUGAAGUGUAAAAAGAUUUCUUCCGCUAUAGGUGCUCUUAAGCGAAUAAAACCAUUUAUAUCAACUGAAACAGCAAUCCAAAUUUACAACGCUAUAAUUCAACCUCACUUUGAUUACUGUAGUCCCAUUUGGGACGAAUUUGGCGCAACAUUAUGUGAAAAAAUGCAAAAAUUGCAGAAUAGAGCUGCUAGAGUGAUUACGAAAUCCAACUACGAUGUCAGCUCCAGCAUUCUCUUAGAGAAACUGCAUUGGGACAAUCUUUCCUUACGUAGGAAAAAGCACAAGUCAAUACUAAUGUUUAAAACCAUCAAUAAGCUAACGCCAGAGUAUUUACAAAACAUGUUUACAUUUCGCAGCACAGAUUAUAACUUAAGAAAUGCAGAAAUGAAGCUAAAUUUACCAAAACCACGUACGGACUUUAUGAAGCGUAGUUUCUGCUACAGUGGAGCAAGUUUAUGGAAUGCGCUUCCUCAAACUGCACGUACGUCCAAAUUAUUGAGGCAUUUCAAAAAUGAAAUUAAUCAAUUCUUGACAUUAUAAUGGGAUCCCCACACGGCAAUCUUGGAAAACAGUGCAUUUUAGUUAGGAAAUUAGUGUGUAUAUAGUGAUGUGUGAAAUUUAUUAAUAGUUUUUGUAUUUUAUUCUACACUGAAGACUUUACCGUGUUUAAAUAAAUGUUCAAUGUUCAAUGUUCAAUGUUCAAUGUUCAAUAGCCGAGGCUGGAGCAAGAGGAGCAGCUGUUUCUGGCCGAGGAGAACUGGACGAAGGAACCGUCGUGGUUGUUCCUGAGGCACGGGGCGCUCGAGCGCGAUGGGAACGGCGUGCUGGUGGUACGGCUACCGAUACUGGUCGCUGA